UGUUUCAAAUUGUGAUCGAAAUCGUUAAACUUAAUCAGCAUCAUCAUGGCUUCAAAAUACGUAUGUACUUACUUACAUAUUGAGGCAGUUGAAAGAAAAGCAGCACGAAUAGUCGAACAACACGUCUUGAAAACUACAUCGAUACAUUUAUUUACGUAUAUAAAUAUAAAUACACGCAGUUUAAAGUCUUAACACGUAUCUAUGUUUUUUAGUACAUUUCAAAUUUUAUCUUUUGUAAUUUGCUUAGAAUUAUUGUAAAUAUAUUAAUAAUAGAUAUAGUUAUUUUUCACACAUUGAUGUGAAUUUAAUGUUGAUCGAAAGUGUAAUUUGUUAAUUGAUAAAUAAUACCGAACUUAUUCACAAAUCUGUUCGUAAUGAACACGAUACUCAAUGAAGGUGAUGAAAAUAAUGAUCUAGUCGGAAUGUUGUUAGAAAGUAUAUUUCCCGAAUGUGAAGAUGAAAAUCAUUUUGAGAAUAAUUACGAAAUAAAUGAUAUCGUAUUAAGCGAUAACUUAAAACAAGAAUCUAUUCAAGAUCGAAUAAGUGUACUACAAAAUGAAUGUCAAACCAAAGAUGACUCUACGGAAUGUAAUAUCGAAAAUUGCUAUGAUAUGUUAGAGUAUAACAAACAGAUAAUCUCUUCCUUAAUGGAUUUAAAAAGCAAUAUAAUCAUUGCUCUUACAAAAUGUCAAAAAAAAUUAGCAGUGAUAGAAUGUAAUUUAAAAAAUAAUAUAGCCAAAGAUACAAAAAUUUCAAUUUGCAAUGCUGGUAUGCCUUAUUUUAAGGAUAAACAUUAUUUUUUUGCUUCCAAUAAUGAAGAUGAAAUAUUGAAGGAAAGCUAUAAAGAAUUACAGCUCAAAAAUCUUCCCAAAAUUUCUGCAUGGACUAAAAAGGAAAGAGAUGUGCUUUUAAAUGCGGUAAAAGAAGAAGCUAAAGGAAUAAAAGAAUGCGACGACAGGAAAAAGAAAUUUUCAUCUACAGAUAUUUUACAAACAGUCAAUCCAUUACAACAAAAAGAAUUUGAUUGGUUUAAAAUAUCAUCUAAUUAUUUUGAAGAUGUCCAUUCUCCAUUUGAUUGUCGUAUCAUGUGGAAUGUUUUUCUUCACCCUGACAUCAACAGAAAGCAUUGGACGAAGUCAGAAAUUACUAAACUCAGGAGAAUAGUAAAAAAAAAUGAAUUUCAAAACUGGGACAAAAUUGCAGAAGAAUUAAAUACAAAUCGUAGUGCGUAUCAAUGUCUUAUCAGAUACAAUACAAGAAAAAGCUUACCUAAAGUCCAUUGCAUUUGGGAAAAUGAGGAAGAUAAAAGACUUUUGAAACUAGUAGAAAUAUUUCAAAUUGGUGACUUUAUUCCUUGGGGCAAUGUAACUAGUUGGAUGCAAAAUAGAACUAAGCAGCAAGUUUAUUUUCGAUGGUCAUACAGCUUAUCACCAUAUUUAACUAAAGGCAGAUUUACUAAAACUGAAGACAAUAUCUUAAAGGAUGCUGUUACUAAGUAUGGUACUAACUUUCGUAAAAUAUCAGCUGCAUUAAUGCCUAAUAGAUCUACCAUUCAACUUCAUGAUCGUUAUCAAACGUUAACCAUUAACCAAAUUGAAAGUUGGACUUCGUGGACGCUUGAAGAAGAUACAAAGUUACUUCAUCUUUUUCAGUGCAUUGGUCCAAAUUGGUCUGUAAUAGCUAAAAACUUUUCGUGCAAAACUAGGACUCAAUUAAGACAUAGAUACACAGCUUUGCAAAAGUACAUUAAGAGAGGUGUUUCCAUACUUGAACUGCAUAAAUAUCACUUACACAAUGGAGUACAACAUUCAGAAAAUGAAAACAAGGAACAAAAAAAGAAAGAAUUUUGUAAAAAUAUCUUCAAACCUAAUAAUAGUAUUACCAAUGAAGAUCAUGAUAAUAAUAUUACGAAUAUAGAUCAAGAAUUAAUUGACUAUUUUCAUAAAAAAUGUAAAGCAAAACAAUUGAUACAUAAGUGGGAACUUCAUAAUGCGGAAAAGUUGGAAUGUAAAACAAUAAGCUUAUAUAAUAUUUUACAAGCAUUGAAUGCCAAACUUUGUAUAUCCAACAACAUUAUUGAUAAAAAAUUAAACAAUAGAGAUCAACAGCUUUUGCAUUCAUUAAGGGAAUAUAUAAAACUAAAAAGCGAUAAGAAAAAGUACUUUCAAAUUGUAGAGGAGUAUGAAUCACGCAUGUUUAAACGCAAUGAGUCUGAACAAGAUUCUUGUUUUUUACCUCCACGUCCUUUUGAUUCGCAGAUAAAAUUGAAGAAAUUAAAGAAAUGUAUCGAUUAUGAUAUAGAUAGAAGCAAUAAAUUUGUAUUCGAACUACCUACAGACUUUAAUACAUCAGAGCUUAUAAUUCCUUACAUCGGCGGUGAUGAACAAGAAUUACAAUUUCAAAAAUUUGCUCGUUCCUUUCAAGUUAAUAAUUCAAAAUGCUGUGAAUCAGCCUCUGAAGCUCGAAACUGUUCUACAUUUUUAACAAAAUUACUAUUACAACGUCGAUGUCGUACCAAUAAUAGCAACGAUAGAAACAAUUCAACUGACAAAACAUUAAAAGAAUUGGAAUCAGUCGUUCGUUUCGACAUUGGCACCGCUACAUCUUAUGAAAAUGACGAUGUCAAUUACAAAUCUCAACAUAUGAAAUUUCAAAGCAAAUGUCUAUCUAACGGUACCACAGAAAUUACUCAAAACCAUGACACAUCUAUGAUGUAUGCUAGCUAUGCAACUUUGAUAAGUUUUAAAAAUUUAACAUAUAUGAGACGAUUAAAUGAAAAGUAUGGUAUUCUUGAUGAAUAUUUUGUACCAUCAAACGAAUUACAAGAAGCAUUUAAUUUAUUAGAAACACGUUUAGAACAAUUAUUUAAGUACCCAUUAGGUCUGUCAAAUAUCUUAUUGCCACAAGUUUAUGUAGAGGAUACAUAUUUGUUUGAAGAUAUUCCACUGAAAAAGAGACGUCUCAAAUAUUAGACACAUUAGUGAAACAUAAAACAAAGAAAUAACGAAUAUUAAGCGAGAAUUUUAGGAUAUAAUAUAAGGAUUCAGUUUAGGAUAUUAAACAAUUUUUUAUUUUAAGGGCGGGACAAAGAUUUCUAGUUUCGUUUACGCCUUGCGUGCGUCAAAUCCAUUUUAUAAGUUUUAAAUAAAUAAAUUUCCACUUCCAAAUAAAAGCAACUUUCAGUUCACUAAAUUAAAGCACUAUGUUAAUUUUUGGGUAAAUAUUAUUUUUCUCUGGCUUACGGUUUAAUUUAUGGGGAUAUUUCAGAAAUAUCUGCUUUUAUAUUAUUUAGACAUAUAUUUUUAUUUAUAACUAAAUCUAUAUGAAGCUAACCAUUAGAUUAAUAACAUUUUUUCUUGGUAAAAAU